AUGUCACAAUCUACUAUUGAGGCUCAUAUUAUUCUUGCACUUCAGGCCUAUCAGGGAGACCCAAAACUAAGUCUGCGACGAGCUGCAUUUCUCUAUAAUGUCCCCUUCCAGACCCUCCACUACCGAUCUCAGGGUCGUCAGGCUCGCGUCGAUUGUAUUCCUAAUGGUCGGAAACUAUCUGAUCAGGAGGAACAGAUUAUAGUCGAGUAUAUUCUGAAUCUAGAUUCGCGAGGAUUUCCCUCUCGGCAUCGCGACGUUGAAGAAAUGGCGAAUCGACUGCUUACUGAACGCGACGCAUCACCAGUUGGCAAGCGCUGGGCUAUCAAUUUUAUUAAACGGCAACCACAGCUCAAGACGCGUUCUUUUCGUAAAUAUGACUAUCGGAGAGCUCAAUGCGAAGAUCCAACCACUAUUCGCAACUGGUUCAGGCUAGUAGAGAACACAAUCGCAAAGUAUGGUAUUAGAUCAGAUAAUAUCUGGAACUUUGACGAGACUGGCUUUAUGAUGGGCGUCAUAUCAAGCGGUAUAGUCAUCACCAGCUCGGAAAGGCGUGGAAACCCAAAGUCAGUUCAGCCUGGAAACCGUGAAUAG